AUGAAACAGUGGGUUACAGGUCAGGAUGGGCUUGACAACCUCAAGCUCAAGGAGGCAGAGAAGCCCGAGCCCAAAGAUGGCGAGGUACUGGUCAAGAUCAAUGCCGUCUCGCUCAACUACAGAGACACCGAGGUCGUUAUGGGCCUAUAUGGCCACCACGUAUCCAUCGGCCAGGACGAGGAGAUUGUACCUGGCUCCGACAUUUGCGGGACAGUAGUAUCUAGCAAGUCUGCAGACUGGAAGGAAGGCCAGCGAGUGAUGGCUAUCUUCAACCAAACCCACCUCACUGGUCAAGUCAAGGCAAAAGAUCUGGCCAGUGGUCUUGGGCUUCCGCUUCCAGGGGUUUUGACGGAGUAUCGCUGCUUCCCUGCUGAGGGACUAGUUGCGGCGCCGGACUACAUGUCAGACGAGGAAGUCAGUUGCCUGCCCAUUGCAGCGAUGACGGCCUGGAUGGCAAUCAACGGGAUGCGACCAUUCGGCCAGCCAGUUGACAACGCGAAAGGCAGCGAGACCGUUCUCAUCCAAGGUACGGGAGGCGUAGCGAUUUGCGGCUUACAGAUAGCACAUGCUGCUGGCCUCAAGACUAUCGUCACUUCGUCGUCGGAUGCAAAGCUAGAGAAAGCCAAGAAGCUGGGCGCAGACUACACCAUCAACUACCGCUCUACGCCGGAUUGGCAGAACGAGGUCAUGCGUAUAACCAACGACAACGGUGCAGACAUCAUCUUCGAAAACGGUGGCGCGGACACACUGCUGAAAAGCUUCGACUGCAUCGCCUUCGGCGGCCUGAUCAAUUGCAUUGGGUACCUCUCCGGAAAGGAAGCCCCAGUGGGUGAUAGCCUACACACGAAUGUGCUCGCGCUCAGACGUAAUGUGACACUAAAAGGGAUACUUAACGGACCAAAAGACCGCUUGGAGGAGAUGGUGAAGUUCUACGAAAAGCAUCAGAUCCAUCCGGUGAUUGACCGAGCGUUUGCCUUCGAGGAGGGUAAGGAGGCGUUGAAGUACCUUUACUCUGGUGGACACUUCGGUAAAGUCAUCGUAAAGCUAGCCAGCAGUUGA